AUGCCAGAAAGAAGAUAUGAUACAGAAGUCUCGGAAGAAGAUAUCAUUAAAGUCAGCGACAGCCAUGGAAAUGUUAUGGAGUUUUUGGAACAUGGAGGACAGUACAUCAGUGCUAAAGGGGUCAUCAUGGGAAAGUUCCCUAAUCCAAAGACCAAUUUCCCAAGGUUAAAAGAGAUGAACAUCAGAUCAGACGACUUCUUUCUGUGUGCUUAUCCAAAAGCAGGAACACAUUGGACGUGGGAAAUCAUGAGUAUGAUUCUUCAACAAACUGCAGAAUAUCAUCCACUUAAAAAGGAGACCCACAUGCUGGAAUUCAACACACCGGAAGUGCUGGAGUCAGUGACGUCACCUCGCGUGUUUAAUACUCACUUGCGGCCAAAUAAUAUGCCUCAACAAUUUUUUGAUAAACAUUGUAAGACAGUUUUUGUACAACGCAAUCCCAAAGACGUAGCAGUAUCCUUUUAUUAUCACUGUAUGCAAACGAUAAAAUUUUGCGGUACUUUCAUUCAAUUUAUGGACUUUUUUAUGGAAAAACAUGGGCCAGUGUAUCACUCUGCCUGGCCUCUCUAUACAUUAGAAUGGGAAAAGUACUUCAAAGAACAUCCAGACCACCCUGUACAUUAUAUCAUGUAUGAAGAUUUACAACAGGAUCCAGUCAGUGAAAUAAAGCGUUUGGCUGCCUUCAUGGAUAAACCAUGUGACGAUCAACUUGCCAAUCAGAUCGCUGAAAAAUGUUCUUUUCAAAACUUAAAGACUGCGUCCGAUACUGUCAAAGGAGGAGACCGCAGCAUGUCAUUUUAUAGAAAAGGGAAAGUGGGAGACUGGAAAAAUCAUUUUACUGUUGCCCUGAACGAAGAGUUUGACCAAUACCUACAACAGCAUAAGACAGAUACAGUAUAUAAAUACGAAAUUUAGAAUAUAUACUUAUCCACUCUUGGAUUCCGACUACGCAUGAACGUAUUGACAUUUUUAAGUCCGUUCAAGAUUCGCUUUAAUGUGCACUUUUUGUGUUCACUCGCCUUUUUGUAACAGGUUAUUUGAACAGAUGGACUUUACAAUUUAUUUGGAAAUUAUAACCUUUGGAAUUGAUCUAAGGAUAUAAUGAAGAAAUUUUAGAUGAAGAUUUUCUGGACUUUUACAUGCUCCAGUAAUAGAACAAAAAUUAAAAGAUGCCUUCGGAUAUAA